ACUUUCUAUAAAAUUCCCCUACCAUUUUCCCUCUUCCCAAACAACAAAGCUACCUACUCUUCGGCCUUCGCUAUAAAAUCUUCUAAUUCAGAAAAUCUUAACUACCCAUUUAACCAAACAACAUGAAGAAGAAAUCAGCAGUAUUAGCAGCAUCUUUGGCAGCAGCUUCCAUUUUCAUCUCUGUUACUAAUUCCACGUCUUCAUCCAAAGUUCGAAUUUCUCAUAAUCAGGAUAAUAGUUGGAAGAAAAAGGAUGAAAAUUCUUCAACGCCUAAGACAGUGCAGCCAUCAUCAGAUAAAUUUGAACCGAGGUUUGAUGGAUUAAGGUUCAUAGAAACUCUGGUCACCGCUCACAGAUAAUCUUAAUUUCCGGCCAAUUAUUGAGUUUUGGCGGAAAACUAUUUUUGACAUAUUGAUAGGAUAUAAAAGAGAAAAAGAGAGAAUUUGUGUAAUACUCAUUGUUUCCCUUUUUAAUUCUUUGUCAUUUUUUUCGGUAUAUUAUGCCCAAUUACCGAAUUAUGGGCUCUCUUAAAGAACUCUAUUUUCUGGAUUAAUAUUAUAAUUCAGAAGCAGAACGACAGGUUGACAGAAGAAA